GCCACCGCGCGCAUACACACGUGCUUCUGAGAAACCCGCGGGCAGAUUAACCCCUGACGGCCCGUGGCUGAUGCUUAGUCGCUGCUCUCGAUCCAGGGAGUCUCUUCGAAGUGUACACCCAUUGCCAGGUCUGGCCAAGGCAGCAGCGUGUUGACCACUGAGAGGGUCGUGGUCGGAACCGGAGCAAGCCCCGCCAUGGAGGAGCUGAGUCCACCGCACCCUUUGCGCAGCCCUGCUCACCAGGAGGACACAGAUGAAAGGACAAUCCUGGUUUAUAAACAGAGGAAUAAACAAGGAACAAGUAAUCUUUCAACAGCUGCUUUUAACAUUAUCAACUCUAUGUUAGGAUCUGGUAUAAUAGGCCUCCCUUAUUCUUUGAGGGAAGCUGGCUUUCCCUUAGGAAUAUUGCUGCUGUUGGGUGUGGCCUACAUCACAGAUUAUUCUGUGAUCUUGCUGAUUAAAGGAGGGAACCUGUCUGGUGCUAACAGCUAUCAGUCGCUGGUCAAUAAAACAUAUGGAUUUGUGGGGUAUCUUUUUCUUUCAGCUCUCCAGUUUUUAUACCCUUUUAUUGCAAUGAUUAGCUACAACAUUAUAACAGGAGAUACAUUGACAAAGGUUUUUCAGAGAAUUCCUGGAGUUGAUCAAGAUCAUUUACUUAUUAAUCGCCAUGUGGUCAUUGUGUUUGUCACCUUCAUCUUCACUCUUCCUCUUUCUCUUUACCGAAAUAUAUCAAAACUGGGAAAGGUAUCUUUACUCUCUUUGCUUUUAACAGUUAUCAUCCUGGUUGUUGGAAUUAUAAGAACAAUUACAUUUAGUUCUCAGAUACCUCAAACAGAAAAUGCCUGGGUAUUUGCAAAGCCAAAUGCAAUCCAAGCUGUCGGGGUGAUGUCAUUUGCAUUCAUUUGCCACCACAACAGUUUUUUAAUUUACGACUCUCUGAAAGAACCUACUUUGAGCAACUGGGCUCAUGUCACACAUGUGUCUGUUUCCUUUGCUGUGUUUGUCAGCCUGGUGUUUGCUACUUGUGGCUAUGUGACAUUUAGAGGAUAUACAGAAGGAGACAUAUUUGAAAAUUAUUGCAGCGAUGAUGACCUUGCUACAUUCGGAAGGUUUUGUUAUGGCAUCACUGUCAUUCUGACUUUCCCAAUAGAAUGUUUUGUUACCAGAGAGGUCCUUGCCAAUGUGUUUUUCAGUGGUAAACUCACAACUGUUUGGCAUGCCAUCUUAACAGUCAUUGUGGUGGUCAUAGCUAUGAGCAUCUCUUUAGUGUAUGACUGCCUAGGAAUCGUAUUGGAACUGAACGGUGUCCUCAGUGCUACUCCACUGAUCUUCAUUCUGCCGGCAGCCUGUUACCUGAGGCUGUCUGAGGAGCAACGGACCCAUCCCGAUAAUCUUCUGUCUUCGCUGAUCCUCGCUAUUGGUGUGCUGGUGAUGGUCGUUGGCUUUGUGAUGACUGUCCUGCGUCCCCAGGAGUGUGUCCAUGGGAAAGAAAUGCCCUACUGCUUCCCUGGAAAUUCAUCCCUCUAUAAUAAUACACCCCUCUAUAAUAAUACACCUCCCUGAGUUUAAACAAAGCCUUCUUAGCAGAAAUUUUGUGUUUUUUAGCAAGACCUGAUGAAAAAAUUAAGUUUUUAAAAUACUUAUUGGUUAGAUCUGUGUAUAACACUAGUUUAUGUGUUGUUGCCCUUUUUUAAACAUGAAAGUAAAGCCUGGGUGGGGGUUGUGUACAGAUACUUUAUUUGUUAGACUGCUGUCUGGAAUAAAUAAAAAUGAACUUUA